CAAGAAAUCUCAAUUGCUUCCUAGAUAUGAAAUAUUAUGCUUUUCGUUGCUUUGAAACAUGGAGAUUCCUUCUUCUUUGACUAUUCGGUACACAUGUCAAAGUUCGCAUGGAACCAAAUUUGUAUCUUCCCCCCAAAUCGAGGCCCCACACAUCGAUGUUUAUGGCCAAUUCGAACGGCCGUCGCUAAGAUCUCCCACUUUUUCAAUCGGACCGAUAAGCGAUACUGCUGAUUCACUGCUCUAAGAAGAACAAUGGCUUUCUCCGUCUCAUCUUCAGUUAGUAACCAACUAGAGAAAAUCACUGCACCCUACGGCUCAUGGAAGUCUCCGAUCACCGCCGACGUUGUGUCCGGCGCCUCCAAGCGAAUCGGCGGUGCUGCUGUUGAUGGUUCCGGUCGCCUUAUCUGGCUUGAAUCACGGCCCUCUGAAUCUGGGCGGGAAGUUCUUGUCAAGGAACCGGAGAAGCUGGGCGAUGAGAAUAUUGAUAUUACUCCAAAGGAGUUUUCAGUUCGGACUACUGCACAGGAGUACGGCGGUGGUGCUUUCAUGGUGUCUGGUGACACAAUAGUCUUCUCUAAUUUUGAGGAUCAGAGACUGUAUAAGCAAUCAGUUAAACCCCAUGAUUCUGCUCCUCGACCCCUUACUCCAGAUUAUGGUGGACCGUUGGUUAGUUAUGCUGAUGGAGUGUUUGAUUUAUGUUUCAAUCGUUAUAUCGCUGUACGGGAAGAUCGGCGCAUCAGUAGCUCAAGUCCAACUACGACCAUUGUAUCUAUAAGACUCGAAGGGAAGGCUAUAGAAGAUCCGGAGGUACUUGUUGAGGGAAGUGACUUUUAUGCUUUUCCUCGAGUGGAUCCCAAAGGGAAACGGAUUGCAUGGAUCCAAUGGCAUCACCCUAACAUGUCAUGGGAUAAAUCAGAGCUUUGGGUUGGUUACUUUUCUGAUAAUGGCAAAAUUAACAAGCGUGUCUGUGUUGCUGGUUGUGAACCAGAGCUAGUGGAAUCACCAACUGAGCCUAAGUGGUCCUCUGAGGGAGAACUUUUUUUUGUUACUGAUAGGAAAAAUGGGUUCUGGAAUCUAUACAAAUGGUUUGAGGCAGACAAUGAGGUGUCUCCAGUUUAUUCUUUGGAUGCGGAGUUUUCACGACCAUUUUGGGUUUUUGGCAUAAACUCUUAUGGUUUUUUAUCUGGCAAUGAAGGAGAAAACUAUAUACUAUGCAGCUAUAGGCAGCAUGGGAGGUCAUAUCUUGGAGUUCUGGGUGAUGGACAAAGCUCUCCAUCUCUGCUUGAUAUUCCCUUUUCAGAUAUUGAUAAUAUUACUAUUGGGAACCAUUGUUUUUAUGUGGAGGGAGCGUCAGCCUUUCAUCCACCGUCAAUUGCUAAGGUUACUCUAAAAGAUAAAAGCUUGAAAGUAGAUGAGUUCACUAUUAUCUGGUCGUCAUCGCCUGAUAUUUUGACAUAUAAGUCGUACUUCAGUACUCCAAAGUUAAUAGAAUUUGCAACAGAAGUGCCGGGUGAAAUGGCUUAUGCCUACUUUUAUCCACCAUUCAAUCCCAUUUACCAUUCUAGUGGGGAUGAAAAGCCUCCAUUGUUGCUGGAAAGCCAUGGAGGCCCAACGGAUGAAUCGCGUGGAAUAUUAAAUCUAAGAGUUCAGUAUUGGACUAGUCGAGGAUGGGCUUUUGUGAAUGUUAAUUAUGGAGGAAGCUCUGGUUACGGGAGGGCAUAUCGAGAAAGGCUUUUGAGGAAGUGGGGAAUUGUUGAUGUCAAUGACUGUUGCAGCUGUGCAAGAUAUUUGGUCGAUUCAGGUGUAGUUGAUGCAGAACGAUUAUGCAUCGCUGGGGAAUCUGCUGGGGGAUACACUACCCUAGCUGCUCUUGCUUUCAGAGAUACAUUCAAGGCAGGAGCUUCCUUGUAUGGUAUAGCUGACUUGCGCAUGUUGAGGGCUGAAAUGCACAAAUUUGAAUCUCAUUAUAUUGAUAAUCUUGUUGGUGAUGAAAGAGACUAUUAUGAAAGGUCGCCAAUUAAUUUUGUUGAAAAAUUUUCUUGUCCAUUAAUCUUGUUCCAGGGAUUGGAUGACAAGGUUGUUCCUCCUAGUCAAGCACGUAAGAUCUACCAAGCACUGAAAGAGAAGGGCGUCCAUGUGGCUUUAAUUGAAUAUGAAGGAGAACAACACGGCUUUCGUAAGGCCGAGAACAUAAAAUUCACGUUGGAACAACAAAUGCUAUUCUUUGCAAGAAUGGUCGGACACUUUGAAGUUGCUGAUUAGAUCAGUUCAAUCACACUGUUUCCUUCAAAGCCUCGAUGUUGGUCGGUUUGAAGUUUUUAACUACAACAUUAUGGGACCGAAUGAAUUACUGUGCACUUUUAUAAAUAAAAGAAAUAUAUAGUGCCUGCCACUAUCAUUUUA